AGCGCGCCCAGUGUAGCCUCAGCUCGCAUAAUGAAGCUCUCCAUCCGCAACAUCCAACCUUGCAUGGAGUCAAUGACAUCACGCAGAGGCUGGACCGUCUCCUCAACCCGGAAGGAAGCCAUACCAAGGAGCUCAGAGCGCAGCAACUCGGCCUGCCUCUCCAAGGCAGGCCGCACUGGGAAAUCCGCCGAGGACACGGAGCCAACAGGAGAAGCAACGAUUGAUGCCCAAGAAUCACGACCAAACGUCUUCGAGAGGGACGAGGCUUCUUUCUGGUGCUUGCGAGGAGCUGGAGCUUGUUGCUGCCGGACUGGGAGGCGAGGCAAUGGUGACAGAGUAGGACUUCCCAAAAAGCUGAGGGGACGCCAGGCAUUGCGGCACUCACGUGCCCGAUGACCAUUCUACACCGAGAACACCUAAAAGGAUCUCGACACUCCGCUGCGCGGUGUCCGGGAAGGAGGCAUCUGUAACAUCUUCCAUGAAGCCAAGCAGGGACAGGACGAGGAGCCAAUGUAGGGGCUAGUGACGCUGGACGUUGCACGUUGCCCCGUGACAACACCUUCUGCCAACCUCCACACGAAUCCGCAUCAUAUGCCACGCCCGGCCGAGCAGCCGGAAUUGAGGAUUUGGUAGCAGGCGGCGGCGUCUGCCGGGCCAGCACCUCGUCCUCCUCAUCUUCUUCGUCGUCGGAGUCGAGGACGAUGUAGCCGAGCCAGCAGGGUUCAUGGACGAUGUAGCGGGGCCAGCAGUAGUCGUGGUUGGUGCUUCAGCAGCAGCAGCCGGAGGUGGCGCCCAGACUUCCGCAGGAGUCGAGGACGACGUAGCAACGCCGGCAGGAGUCGGGGACGGCACGCCCACAGCAGCAAACAGGGACGACGUCGCAGCGUCAGCAGAGGCCGGGGACGGGAGACACCCAAUCCGCGGCGGGGACCCAAGCCCUCCGUCCACCAGGCCAGGGGCACGACCUGGAGCAGCACGCGCUGUGUCCAGGGCGGGCAACGUCGCCACGCCGGGCGGGGGAGGCCGGGAGCUCGGCAGAGAAAGCAUGCUCGACUGCGCCGUCUUUGAUGCUGCCGCAUCCGACCUCGGCGGGAGUCCAGAGCGGGACAGGCGGCCACCAGCUGCCGGGGCGGCCAUGCGGGAGGCAAGAGCAGCCGCGGCCAGCGCGGCGGCAGCAGUCGAGGCGGCCGACGGAGUCGGAGAAGACGACACGGACGCGAGGGCCAUAGGCAGCGCCGCGAGAGCUUGGAGGGGAGAAGGGGUGCAGCUGAGAGAGGACGCGGAGAGCAGCCUGGAUCUGGUCUCGGCGGCCAAAAUGGCGGCUGGAGGAAGGAGAUCAAUGCGGCGGCGCCAGUCGCGGCCGCGAGGUCGCGCGAGCCAUAUCCCAAACCGCCGGCCAAAAUUCUCGUGCUGGUAAAUCUCUCGUUAGUUAACUUAGUUUAAAGGAAACUAUGAUAACUUAAGCAGUGUACACAAAGGGAGAACACUCUGGGUGCGGGGGAGCAUAAUGAUUGACUGAAUCUCAAGACUUGUAAAAGCCGUCUUAAUUAACGUACGUCAUGCCUAGUGGAUUGGAUC